AUGGCGGAUUACGACCAAAGACCCCGCGGAGGCCGAGGAGGGUAUAACAAUAACCGCAAGAGAAGAUAUAGAGAUGAGGACGAUUACGAUCGCCGACCGCAGCGACGCCGCUAUGAAGAGCCCCUCGUGGUCAAAGUACGCAAACAACUCCUCGCGAUUGCGGAAUCGCCCUUGAAGCGUGUGGAGGACGAGGUUAGCUCUAUCGCCAAGACGGUGUGUGAUAACUACGAGGAUGAGGAGCUCCGGAAUGCGUUCUAUGACUUGGCCUUGCAAUUGGUCGUUGAGCAGCCGUUUAAGAUCCCGUUUGUGGCCGCCGUUGUGUUGAUUAUAAAUACGAUCAAGGCGGAGAUGGUUACGGAGGUGCUGAGCAGAGCGGCGGGGAGGAUGAAUGAGAAGAUUCGGGAGGGGGAGUGGAGAGAGGUUAAACUGCUUAUGAAGUUCUUGGGUGGGCUGCAGGGGAUAUUAGAGGGGGAUGGGGUGUGGAGUGUUCUGCAGGAUCUUUUGACCAAGGCUGUGGAUUUGCAGACGGAGAAUAACGAGGAGACUAUUGGCCCGGAGCUUGUCAAGAUCAUCCUCUUCACGAUCCCGUAUAUUAUGGCUUCGUCGGCGACGGAUGCCCAGGAUAAGGCCAACAGCAUGGUGGAAAACACGGAUAUCAUUGCUUCGGAACCUCAUGUGCUUCAGUCUCUGGUCGACCCAUAUCCCGGGAACGGUACGGACGAAGCAAAAGCGCCCAAUGGCGUCCUUAGUCUUCUCCAGAAACAGCUACAACACGAGUCCACAAACGGGUGGGAGGUAGCUUGUCUUCCGCGGCCUUGGAAGGUUGUUCUGGAAUCUGAACAACCCGAUGCUCUGGCUUCGUCCCCUAAACAUCCUCUUCCAUCGAUAGUUAUUCCUGAUGUGGUUAUUGCUGGCCCAAGACCGUUGUUUCCCGAGCUUUAUUUCUCAGUCUACGCUCAUCAGGAUGUUGAGACUGUGCCGCCGAUGACGGAUAUUGCUUCCUGCCUAUUGCGGGAUUCAUUGGUGGAUACGAUCAACAUUCUUGACUUUAACAGAAAUGCUACAGCUCGCUUUUUGAUCGAUAUCGAUUGCUACUUCGCACCCGACACUUUCGUCAAGCGAGCCACUCCAUUCGACAGACUUCGGGAUGUGGAGGGCGACAGGUCUACUUGGAAGCCAGAAGAUGUUGCAGUUGAUGCAGUGUUCUCGCAGCUAUUCCAACUCCCUAGCCCAGAGCACAAGUUGGUCUAUUACCACUCUGUCCUAACCGAGGCGUGUAAAAUUGCACCAGCUGCUAUAGCACCGAGUCUUGGUCGAGCGAUCCGUUUCCUGUACCGAAACGUCGAUUCGAUGGAUCUCGAGCUGAGCUACAUAUUUAUGGAUUGGUUUGCUCACCAUCUAAGCAACUUCGGGUUCACUUGGAAGUGGACGGAGUGGAUUGAUGACGUUGAGCUCUCGUCCCUGAACCCGAAGAAAGCUUUCAUUGAAGGCUCUUUGGAUAAAGAAAUCCGUUUGAGUUUUGCACAGCGGAUCAAGGGGACUCUGCCGCCACCUUAUCAACAGCUGAUUUCUGAGGAGAAGGAGAAAGAUACCCCUGAUUUCAAGUACAAUGACGAGAAUACGCCGUUUGCACCAGAGGGAGCUGAGAUGCUGGCGCUUCUGAAGAAAAAAGCACCAGAGGAUCAGAUACAACCAGUUAUCGACCGGAUCCACGCCCAAGCAUUGGACAUGCGUCUCGCAGAUCCCCUCGUCGUUUCAACCGACGUCUACAUGACAACAAUUUGCUUCAUCGGCUCCAAAUCCCUCUCUCACGUUCUCUCCUCCAUCGAGCGAUGCAAAGAGCGUCUCCUCGCAAUCGGUCCUCAAUCCCCAGCCGCACGGAAGCAAAUCAUCGAUUCCGUCAUGUCAUACUGGAAAGACCAGCCUGGAAUCGGCGUAAACAUCGUCGAUAAAUUACUUAACUACAUGAUUCUAAGUCCCGGCAGCGUCAUCGAAUGGGCUGUAGGCCAAGAUGGCAAGCGGCUAAGCCAGGCAUUCGUCUAUGAGAUGGUUGGCUCUACAAUCGGAAAAGUCACAGGCAGAGUCCGACAGGUCGUCCGAGGCAUGAGCGUCCCUACCCUCACGCCGGAGCAGAGAUCAACUCUGGAGCAGACAGCCGAGACUGAGCGAAAAAGUAUGAAAGACCUCUUCCAGCUAAUGGAAGAACCCCUCGUCGCCUGGGCGACAGGUAGCAAAGACCAAGCUAUCCAAAGCGGUGACGGGGACAGCAACGAUGAGGCUAUGAUCAGACAGUGGGGAGAACGCUGGCUGCGGGUGUUCAGGAGGAAGUUCGCUGUCGAGGAGGCCUGGUAUUUGGCUGAGAAGGAGAAGCAGAAUAAGCGGCCGGUGGUGGAGGAGGUUCCUGCUGGGGCUGUGGAAAAUGGCGAUGCGGCUAUGGCGGAGGCGGAGGUCGAGGUGUAG